CAUGGUAACUACCAAUGAAAAAAGUUUUUUAAUCUAAGGAAGGGGAUUUUUUGAUAUCGGGAAAGGCUAUGUUUACAAUCGGUGGAGUGAAUAGCAGUGGCCACGAUUUUACAAAUUUUAACCAUAUUUAUGGGUUCAACUGCCUCUGUACUUCAGUGGAGGUGCAAUGACUGUAAUUACCUCAAUAGUAAGGACGCUGAUGUCUGCUACCGCUGCCUCAAGGUUCGAUCAGCAGAGCACUGUACGGACUGUAACUCUCACCUUGUCGACAAUGGGUUGAAAGAGAAAGCAGUUGGGAAUUACCAGGGCCAGGAAAGCGUUACUGAUGGACAAAAGAUGGAGAGAGCUGCAGAAGGACACCUGAUUGUCAGAAACAGUCAAAUAAUCACCAAGGAAUGGUGCUGCAAAUACUGUCGCUUCAUCAAUACACUUACAGUACAAGUAUGCCAGAAGUGUAGCUACCAGAGAGACUUGAUUGUCCCUCAGAGUGUUUCCUCAAAUAAUCCUGAUGGUUCAUUAAAGGAAAAUAAGAAGGAUGAAAAGGUGGCAACAGCUUCUUCAGAUAAACCUUUGCCAGGUACAACUGAGGAAAAAAUUCAGGAUAAAGAAAACACUCUAAAAUCUGCUUCAGUUACCAGUAGCAAAGAAUAUGAAAGAAGUGACGAAAACAGCUCCACUUUACCUGAUUAUACAACUCAAAAGAUACAUUAUGCUCCUUGCAAAUUGGAAGAAAAUGAUGUUGAAAUGGACUGUGCACUCAACCCUGUAAUUAUACAGGUACAUGACAAAGAGGACCUACAGGGAAGGAAUGGAGCUCAAAAAAUAUCUCCAACAUUUGUAAAUAGUACAAACAUACAGAGUGAUACCACUUGUACUUCCAUUGGCUCAAUCUUAUAUCCCCCUAGCACAAACUAUAAGCCUCCAGUUCCUAAUACUGCGAGACCUGUGACCACUAAUGACAAUAUUGUCCCAAUGCAAAAUUCUGAAGGCGGCUUUGCUUUUGCAACUUGGAAGUGUAAGAAAUGUACAUUAGAUAAUCCAGUGACUGUAAAGCAGUGUACUGCAUGUGACUCCCGUAGAACAUCAAGUACCCCAGUGACCUUUCCUUCCAGCUCAGCAUUGGCAGUUCAGAACAAGCACCGCCAUCUGGAAAAAAGUAGUUCUGACUCUGCUGUACCCCAAACUUUAUGUAGUCUUCCUAAGCAGAUACCAAAGUCUAAAGAAAAAAACACAUCACAAGAGUCCCUUCGUGUCGGAGAAGAGAAAGAGUGGACUUGUAAGCACUGCUCAUAUUCAUGCAAUCCCCCGUGGCAGAAACAAUGUGAUAUUUGUAAUGAUCCUACAACUACCAAGACCAGUGCUUUAGGUAGUUCCAGACAGAACCCCAUUGAUCUAACCAGGGGCUCUUAUCACUUGUUUUCUCAUGAAAAAUACCAAGAGCCUGUUGUUGAUCUCACAUCGGAAGAUGUUGAGAUGGAGGAGGAUUUUCAACGAGAUCCCUCACAGCCUGAUCCAGGAACUGAUUCUGAGAAGGCUUCUACAUGGACAUGCACAAUGUGCACUUUUAAUAACACAGCAUUUAAUACCAAGUGUGAAAUGUGUGACUUCCCGAGACCCCAAGAUGUGAAAGAAGACAAAUUAUCACAUGGGGAAAUGUGGGAGUGCCGUAGAUGUACACUACAGAACCCAGUGACUGCACCAGUGUGUGGUGCCUGUCAAUCCAAGAAGGAAGUCUUGUUACCUAAUGCAGAUGAUAUACCUUUAGAUUACGAUGUAUCUCCUCUGAACAGUUCACCAGUGCCAAUCACAUCCCCUGCAUCAACAUCAGUGGCAAGAUACAAAACAGCAGCAUUAGUGACAACACCACAGAAUAAGGCGAUUGCAGCUUUGCCUGCAACAGCAGCAAAUGCUAAAACAUCAGCAACGAACACAUAUUUACAAUCAAGUACAACCAAAAUGACUGACAGUGAGCAGUCAGUGUCAAAGCACAAAGAACCUGUGGAGUCUGAGUUGCCUCCUCUACCUCUGUCACCAUUGUCAAGUUCAAACCACUUCUCACGACCACAAUGGACAUGUACUGUCUGUACCUAUGUCAAUGACCUCAGUGCAAAGACGUGCCAUGUUUGUGGGAUUUCAGUACAUACAGCUGCUAAAUCUCCUGGACCAGCCCCUACCUCUCCUCCACCAUCAGUACCACUCUCUUCCUUGCUGAGACAGGAGAGUAAACUGAUGGAAACUGUGAGGCAUAAGGAAGAAGAGAAAGCUAAGGAAAUUUGGGAAGGAAUCAUUGCAUAUUGUAAACAGAAUAAAGAUAGGUUUGUUGAUGAUCAGUUUCGACCGGGUCCACAGUCUCUCAACUACAAGCCCCAAGAUCACCCUGAUUCCCCAGUGAUGCAGUGGUUAAGACCACAGGAAGUGGCCUGCAAUAGUAUGCAGGAGAGAAUGACCAACUGGACUGUAUUCAGGAGAAGUCCUAUGCCAUCAGAUAUAUCACAGGGUGUCCUAGGGAAUUGCUGGUUUCUCAGUGCCUUGGCAGUGCUAGCAGAGAGGCCAGACCUGGUGGAGAAAGUGGUCAUUACGCGUGAGGUGUGUCCAGAGGGAGCAUACCAGAUAAGGCUGUGUAAAGAUGGCCUGUGGACCACUGUCCUGGUGGAUGACCUCUUCCCGUGUGAUGCCUCUGGAAGGCUAGUCUACUCUCAGGCUAAGAGGCGCCAGCUGUGGGUUCCUUUAAUAGAGAAAGCCCUAGCCAAGGUACAUGGCUGUUAUGAAGCCCUCAUAGCAGGAAGAUGUAUAGAGGGCUUGUCCACACUGACUGGGGCGCCUUGUGAGAGUAUAGCACUGCAUAACAGUGGAAGUCCCCAUGAAGAUCCAGUGGAUGCUGACUUCAUAUGGGCACAACUACUCAGCUCCAGAGAAUCAGGCUUUCUCAUGGGUGCAUCUUGUGGUGGAGGCAACAUGAAUGCCAAUGAGGAACUUUACCAAGACUUAGGUCUUCGUGCUAGACAUGCAUAUUCCAUCCUUGAUGUGCAGAAUGUUAUUGGGAACAGACUUCUGAAAAUUCGUAACCCAUGGGGGAGAUUUUCUUGGAAGGGCGACUGGUCAGACAGAUCCCCCAGGUGGCAAGAAAUUGAAAAAACACGAAAAAACCAACUACUGGUUCAUGGAGGACAGGAAGGAAUAUUCUGGAUGUCACUGGAAGAUUUUCUCAGCUAUUUUGACAGCGUUGAUAUAUGCAAAGUCAAGAGAGACUGGAGAGAGAUGAGACUACAGGGAAGUUUCCCACCAAAUGCUAAAGGACCAAUGCAGGUUGCUAUGGUUACAGUGUACCAACCAACUGAAAUAGAAUUUGGUCUUUUUCAAGAAGGUUCAAGAGGCUCAGAGCGUUCAUCCAGGAGUCCUGUAGACCUGUGUCUGGCAGUACUUAGAGCUUCCAGUAAUAUUCACCAUCCUGUGGGGGUCCUCAAGUCCCACAGCAGGCGGCAAGUCCGUAGUUUUACUGGCUGUCAUGCCAUGCUGGAGGAAGGGCAGUAUGUAGUGGUGGGAAUGGCCUUCAACCACUGGGGACCAGGUGCUAGCCUCCAUACUAACUAUGUGAUGACAGUCCACCAUAGCAGCACACGUUCAGUGUUGGUAGAACAAGUUGAAGCCCCUAAGACCGUCAUUGCAGACACACUGAUACAGAUGACACUGGCCAAGGGGUCCAGACAUGAGGGUCGAGAGGGCAUGACAGCGUACUAUUUAACCCAUGGUUGGGCUGGCAUUGUAGUAGUGAUAGAGAACAGGUUUCCAGACAGGUGUUUACAAGUACAAUGUGACUGUACAGAGAGUUAUAAUGUGGUCUCCACCAGGGGCUCUCUCAUUACACAGGACAGUGUCCCUCCACUACACAGGCAAGUUGUUAUUGUAUUGUCUCAACUGGAAGGAAGUGGAGGUUAUUCCAUAGCACACAGACUUGUCCAUAGAGUAUCCAGUCACCCAGGACUCGGGGACUGGGCAGAACCUAAUGUCAGCCAUGUCCCUACUUUAACACAAGAAGUGUAUGGACUACACAUACCAAGACCAAUAUAAUACGUGAUCUGGACUGGUCAUCAAAUUGAGCGAAAGAAAAGAAAAUUAGUUGUUAAUUACAUUCCUAUUACUACUGAGGGCUUAUUUAUUAAUAAGUAAUAUUAUGAAUAUUUAUUUGUAUUGUAUCUCUUACAGUGUCUAAAACAAAGUUAACUGUAGAUUAUUAAUGAAAGAUCUUGCAGUUCAUGAUAAGGCUGAACACAAGGUUUAUGUUUGCAAGAAAGUAAUUAUAUCAAGAGCCAUGUGUAUUUGCACAAAAGAUAGCAAAUAUAGUAGGAUUUGACUGGUUAAAGCCAUAUUUUGGAUAUAUUUUAACUAACUUCAGCAGUCAGAUAACAGAUGCUCCAGUUUAAAGAUGGCUAACUUCAUUUUAUCAUUAUCCUACAUCUACUUAAGAAGUUCAUGCAUAAUGCAUUCUGAUAUUGGCAAGAGGUUGCAGUAUUGUACAUGUUAAUAGAUCCAUUAUCAUCUAUUAAAUGUGUCUGCUUCUGGAAAAUUAGCUGUUUCUUUGUGUACAUCAUAUGUCUCUCAAACAAUUAUAAAUACCAUUUUAACACCAGGGUGAUUUGAGCAGACGUCAUCAGUACGGAUUUCAUGGAAAAUUUGGUACACAAAAUACAUGACAAAAAUGAGUCACUGAACUUGAAAAGAGGUGCCUGCCCAAAAGUGGCAUGAUCACUCCCACGUUUGUGUCCGUGGUUUGAUUCAUAGUAUUCCGAUAAAUCAAUUUAAUUCAUCUUUGAAGAAAAAUUAAAAUUUAUUACAUUUUUUGUAAUAUGCCUAAUGGAAUAGAAAUCACACCAGUUUGAAAGGGGAGCCUUCAGAAGUAGAUAAUGGGAGAUAUUGACAGUUACUGAGUGAACUGUACAUUUUCAGCUUUACAUAGUUCCUUGCAUUAAGGGUUUGAAGAAUCCUGGUUUCAUGUAUAUGCAUCUUUCAUAGUUUUACUUUUAUCGUUUAUCAUCACUAUGUUUAAGUGAACUAUUUUUUGUACGUAUUCAGAAAUGUUUCAAUAAACGUAAGAAAUAAU